AUGUGUCUUCCUGACAACCUGAAGGACUUAUAUUUGAAAUUUUUACAAGAGCUAAUCGAUGGUCUUUCAUCUCGACAAGAACAAUUGAGUUUAACAUAUGACAAGGCCAAGAGGAACCUGAAGGAGACGGAUGGUAUUUUUUAUUAUCCAAAAGAUUUGAAGAAAGUUAAAGGCAUCGGUGAUACUAUAAUCACCAGAUUAGAGAAGAAACUUCAUGAACACUGUGAAGAUCUUGGGAUCACACCGCCGGAAUCCAGAGCACCAGCAAGAAACACAAGGGUAAUUAAGAGAACUACAACGUUAUUAAGAACAGAGAGUCAGGAUGGGAUACUCUGUGAGGAACCUGAAAAAAAGAAGACGAAAAGAGCAUAUAUUCCAAAGAAAAAAUCUGGUGGUUACGCCAUCUUGUUAGUAUUACUGGAAUAUAAUGCUAUCAAUCGUGGUCUUACAAAAGAUAUAAUUGUAGAGAACGCUCAAAAGUAUGCAACUCAUAGUAUGAAUGGUAAUUUUGCGACAAAAAACUUUCAUGGGGCAUGGUCAUCAAUUUCUUCUUUAAAGAAACAUAACUUAGUUCUUGAAAGUGGUCGUCCAAAAGUUUAUACUUUAACUGAAGAAGGUGCGACGUUAGCGAAUACUUUGAAGGUAGCUGAUAAAAUUAUAUUUGAUAAAGAGAUGCGAAAUAGUGGGAAGAGUGCUGACUCUUCAUUUAGAACAGAUGAUGAAAAAAGUGCAAAUCUAAGUGAUUUAUUGAGUAAAGAGAAGAUUCUUCAUAGAUCUGCCGAUACUUUUCACAGCUCUUCUUUCCUGGAUUAUACAUUCCAAGAGCAGCUUAUAUCGACAAGACCCACAGCUCAGAGAAUGCACACACUUGCCGUUUCAUCCCCGGCAUCUGAACAACAUAACAUGGUACCAGUACCGAGGAAUACAUCUGCCAUAUCAACUUCCAGGACGAGUGCUCUGAGAAGGAGAUAUAAUGGUAUUAGUUACGAGAUAUGGCCGAAAGGAAAUUAUGAAAUUUACCCAAUUAUUGAUCACAGAGAAGUAAAAUCUCAAAAGGAUCGUGAAUUUUUCUCGAAUACAUUUGCAACUAAAGGAUUAAAGAAUGAGAUUCAACAAUUAGCGCUAGGUGAUAUAUUAUGGGUAGCGAAAAAUAAAAAGACAGGACGUCAAUGUGUUUUAAAUACAAUAGUAGAAAGGAAACGUUUAGACGAUCUUGCGGUUAGUAUUAAAGAUAAUAGAUUUAUGGAGCAAAAAAAUAGAUUAGAAAAAUCAGGAUGUACUCAUAAAUAUUAUUUAAUUGAAGAAACUAUGGGUAAUAAUAUCGGUAACAUGGGCGAAGCAUUGAAGACUGCGCUUUGGCUGAUAUUGGUUUAUUACAGGUUUUCUAUGAUAAGAACGCUGGAUUCUGAUGAAACUGUUGAAAGCAUCAUCACGUUGAAUACUAUAGUAGAGCAUUUUUAUUCUAAGAAGGAUAUACUGGUUAUAUUUCCACAUAGUGUAGAAAAUCAAAAUGAUUUCAAGAAAACCUUGGAUAUGUUUAAAGAGGAAUUCGAACGAAAAGGUAAUAUUGCAUGCUGCCAUAAUUUUGUAAGUUUCCAAGAAGUGAUGGGUAAAAGUGAUAUGAAAACAGUUGGGGAAUUAACAAUCAUUGUACUGAUGUACAUAAAAGGUGUUUCAUUGGAAAAAGCAUUGGCAAUCCAGUCCUUCUUCCCUACUCUAAAUCAUAUCUUGCAGGGUUAUAGGAAAUGCCGCUCGCCAGGAGAGGCCAAAUUACUGAUGUUCACAAAAUUAGGAGAUGCCCCUGGUACCAAGAAGAUUACGAAGAGUCUAUCAGAAAAGAUUUCAGACGUUUUCAGUACGUUAUGA